UCCCCGGGGAGCACUUCCGGUGGCGUUUCCUGUGUUUGUAAACUGAGAUCACGAAGUCGUUUUUAAGACAGAGAGAAAACAAACGAAACCAAACCCAGUUGUGGCCGCUGGGUUCCUGCCAGAUGACUGGGGUGGAUGAAGUGUUAAUCCAAGCAGAGCAGCCUGAUCGAGGGGCCCCAGUGGCACAGCGCUCCCCGUAACGCACGCCGGCCCGCACCGAUGGCCCAUUUACCAGGCAGCGCGGUGAGGGAUCACAUGAAAUGGGCGGGGUUGCUGGGGUGCGAGGCCGUCCUCUCCAGCAUGGCUCUCAUGCAGGCCAGCUCCAUGGCGGGCCAGAAGAAGAUGAUGUCUCAGAUGUCCCACAGCAGCAGUGGGGGAGGAGGGGCGUCUCACAGGGACAGCGGGGACAGAGGACACAGCCACACCCACUCUCACAGUCACAAUCACAUGGUCAUGCCUGCAGCACUCAGCUGCCCCCCACUGGUGAUCCGGAAGGAAGGAGAUUUCCACGCUGCCCGGAUUCUGGAAGACAAAAUCCCGCAGGAGUCGGAGGAGCAGCAGCAGCUGAAGAAGAAAAACCGGAAGUCCGGGACGCCCUGCAAAGUGGUUGCGGUGGAUGAGAACGGGGACUGUCCGUUGAAAGUUCUGAAAAACUUCAUUUGUGAUCAUUGCUAUGGAGCCUUCCGCAGCAGCUAUCACCUGAAGAGACACAUUCUAACACACACAGGAGAGAAACCAUUUGCGUGUGACGUCUGUGACAUGCGCUUCAUCCAGCGCUAUCACCUGGAUCGGCACAAACGCGUCCACAGCGGAGAGAAACCGUACCAGUGCGACCGCUGUCAGCAGAACUUCUCCCGGACGGACAGGCUGCUGAGGCACCGGCGGCUGUGCCAGGGAAGCGCGGUGAAGAUGGAAGCACAGGCUUGCUGUGAGAGCAGAGCCUACUCUCAGGACCAGAGCUCCCCCGGCUCAGUGUGGAGCCCCAUGACGCAGGCAGCCUCCAGCAGACUCGCUGUCUGAGCAGGGAGGCACCGUGGGAUCACAGCGUUCCCUUGCCUUGGAGUGCCUGGAGUCACCGGGUCAGAGCUGCACUGUGGCUUGGCUCUCUUAAGAGUGAUCUGGACAUGUCAUGUUUUCUUAACACCCCCCACCCCACCCAGUUAUUGUUAUUUUUUAAAAACAAAAAUGUUUUUAUUGUGGUACAGUUCUCCAAUGUGUGUUUUUAAAUGCUUUAUUUUUUAAAAAUCUUUUUUUUUGUUGUUGUUGUUGUGUAUUAAAGGGGACGGGUGGGAGCGAGAGGGGUCCAGAACGGGUGGGGUUAGUUGAUUUUAUAGUUCAUGAAUUUUUUACACAAAGGGUAUUCGGAAAAUUCAGGUGGCUGUAUGGAAGUGCAUUGCGCCAUUGCGGAAAGCUCCUGGGUUAAUUUUUCUUUUAUAUAAACGGGAACUUUUGUUAUACUUCACCCUUUCUUUUCUAAUAGAACAAUAUAGUUCAUGGUUCUGAGUGUUUUUAUAAGUAGUUAUAAAUUGUUUCCUCACAAGCCCAAGUUCAAAAACUCGAAAAAGGUGUUUCUUGCAAAAAUGAUGAAGCAAAAAGAUUCAAUAAAUCUACCACUUCUAGUGGCAGCAGGAUAUUGUCUAAUUGCCUAACAGACUUCAUGGGCGGGUCUGAACUAGCAGAAACCACCUUUGGAGAAUGUAAACCAAAUGGGUGGUCAACAAGGUCUUCCUCCUUUCUGUGGAAGCAGAAACGCUUAAGAAUGUAGUUACACCAAGAAAUUAUAUUUUUCAGUAGAAAACUAACCUUGCUUUAAGAAGGCAGUGUUUAACACUCACACAAGUUCACUAAAUUCUGCAAACUUUUCUGCAGGCUGGUUAUCAUUCGUACAAAACUGGAAACUGUCACAACACUGAAGAGAACAGAUUGAGAUGUAAAAAGCUAUUCCUGGUGGGUGCGAGUUCUCUUUUUGUAGCUGAAAACGACACAGUAUUGAGAUCCCAGGAUAUUGCCCUGUUGCUGGUGCUUUCGAUCAUUUCUUUUACUGUGUGUUCCUCCAAGCACAGUCCACCUGGUUGCUCUCAUAACCAGCACUGUCCUUUAAUUUUUUAGGGUUCAGAGUACCUCGUAAACAGCAAACUGAUGUAGCAUCGCUGUUUUGAGAAGUAGCCUACAGAGGGAAACUUCAGUCUGUGCCUGUCUAGUUUAGCUGUCAGAUAUUCUAUUAUUAUUAUUAUUAUUAUUAUUUUAUUAUUAUUAUUAUUAUUUUUUUAUUUUUUUUUAGCUGUUUAAUAGUCUUGCAUGUCAAGCCUUGAACCUUUCGAUUUAGUUCGAAGGACCCCCCCUCUGUGUUCAUUUAUUUUGUGUAGUUUUUAUUAAAAAAAACAACAUUUUUUUGUAUUAAAAAAAGUCUCCUCACUCUCUCUGUUUAGUUUGUAUGUAGUGCAGGGCUGUCAAUAAGCUAAAUAAAAGAUUUUAUUACGAUCUUUCUGCUGUACAGAUUAA